AUGGACGGCGGUGCGGCGGAGCUGCGCGAGGCCCACCGCCUGACGGGCCACGCCGACCGCGUGUGGGCGCUCGCCUGGAACCCCGCCCCGGGCCGCUCCGGCCCCGUCCUCGCCUCCUGCAGCGGCGACAAGACCGUCCGGAUCUGGAAGCGCGCCCCCGACGGCGCCUGGCAGUGCUCGGAUGUGCUGGAAGACACGCACAACCGCACGGUGAGGUCCUGCGCCUGGUCCCCCAACGGGAAGCUGCUGGCCACCGCGAGCUUCGACGCCACCACGGCGGUGUGGGAGUACAAGGGCGGCGACUUUGAGUGCGGGCACGAGAACGAGGUGAAGAGCGUGUCGUGGAGCCCGUCCGGGUCGCUGCUCGCCACGUGCAGCCGGGACAAGACGGUGUGGAUAUGGGAGGUGCUGCCAGGGAACGAGUUCGAGUGUGCCUCGGUGCUGACGGGCCACACGCAGGACGUCAAGAUGGUGCAGUGGCACCCGAUCCUCGACAUUUUGGUCUCUGUCAGCUACGAUAAUUCCAUCAGGGUCUGGGCUGAUGACGGAGACGACGAGUGGCACUGUGUGCAGACGUUAACCGCAGCCAAUAACUGUGGUCAUUCAUCAACAGUAUGGGCAUUAUCCUUUAACUUUCAAGGUGAUAGGAUGGUCACAUGCAGUGAUGACCAAACGUUAAAGAUAUGGGAUACCAGCGCUGAUUUGUCUCAACCAAAAACUGGCGAAGGUCAGGAAUCUUGGCAACACCUUUCUACUCUCACAGGAUAUCAUGGACGAACUAUUUUUUCAGCCCAUUGGUCAAGCGAGGAUAUUAUAGCUAGUGGUGGGGGCAAUGAUGCAAUCUGCAUUUUUACUGAGGAGAAGAGUACCAUGGUUGAGAGGCCCCCAUACAGAUUAAUAUUAAAGAAAGAGAAGGCACAUGUCAUGGACAUAAACUGUGUGCGAUGGUGUCCUCAGUUUUGGAUAGAGAUACUUAUUUUCUCAUAUAAAUUUCUAGGACCCAAGGUUAUUGGCAUCCGCAAGCGACGAUGGCGUGGUGAAAUUGUGGGAAUUGAGAGGGAAUGUACUGGAUUGAGUUUUGUUCAAUUUACUGUAGUGUACCAAGAGAUUAUAGAGCAGAUUAGGCAUCACCUUGGGAUUUCUGUUUUACUGAGCUCUGCUCACUGUAGUCCGUACUUGUAUAUCAAGAGGGUGUUUGUGAUGGUCUUUUACCAGAUUUACCAUGCAAAAUAUGAACAGUGCCAUCCUCUCUAG